UACUUUCUCCUCCCCGGAACACUCCCUCCUCCUUGGAACACUCCCUCCUCCUUGGAACACUCCCUCCUCCUUGGAACACUCCCUCCUCCUUGGAACACUCCCUCCUCCUUGGAACACUCCCUCCUCCUUGGAACACUCCCUCCUCCUUGGAACACUCCCUCCUCCUUGGAACACUCCCUCCUUCUUGGAACACUCCCCCCUCCCUGGAACACUCCCUCCUCCUCCUUGGAACACUCCCCCCUCCCUGGAACACUCCCUUCUCCCAAGAACUCUCCUCCAUAUGCACAAAUUAUUCGAGUUUUCAAUUUCCUGAAUGUGUGAAGAUUUUUAAUACAUGAAGAGUGCGAGUGUGUUGUUGUUGUUGUUGUUGUGUGAGUGUUGCCGCUCUGAAGGAAGUCAUCAGGUUAGCCUGGGCAUCAUCUAGCAAUCAGAGGCGCGCACCGAUAUGUCGGUGUGUGUCUGUGUUGAGUGUGGGUGUCUGAUGUCCUGUCUCCCAGCCCUGGGCUGGGGGGGUUCGUGGGAGGGGUUUAGUUAUUAACCAAACACACCUUAGAAUUAUUCAUGUGAUGGUGUAUAAUUUAGCGGGGGUCUCCAGUAUGGGAGUAACUUAUGGCUUCCUAAGUCAGUGGUGGAGGCGAGUAAUCCAGUAAAGUGCGCGGGGAACGGCCACUAAUUUACCAUAAUUGAGUUACAAGUAUCAUCAUUGUCGCCCCAUACGUCACGCUGGCGUCCCACCCCAUGUCUUACCAUUGGCUUGUCCUGGCGGGGAGGAAAAUUGUCGGGCGGAGCUUGGCCAGCGAGAGGACCAAUGGUGUGCGGGGCGUGGCGUGCCUGGCGCUGAGGUAGUGUGAGGGUAUCCUGAUGAGGACUGGCACUUGUGCUCGAACAUUUGGGCCGUAGAGGUCAGUGCUAGUGAAGAUGAGCUUGGUCGGAGGAUACUCCAUGCCUCAGAGCUACGGCCACACCGCCAUGGCGGCCACACCAUCCCCUGAGGCACUAUACUCACCAUAUUACUCUCACCCCAGCCCUCCAGGGCAGGCUCUCUACCCUGGCUGGGGCUACACACCUGCGGGAUACUCCCCGGGGUAUUCUUCCGAAGUAGGGAUGUCCUGUCCUGAGUUCGGUGUCUCCGGCGGCUUCGUUGUAGGACCUGGGUCGCCACACGACCUGGGAGGGGAUUACACCAUAGAGAUGGUUGAUGGGUGUGGCCGGGUGGUGAAGCGAAGAUCGUCAGCCAACAAGAAGGAACGUCGUCGAACUCAGAGUAUCAACAACGCAUUCGCUGAGCUGCGCGAGUGUAUCCCUAACGUUCCUGCAGACACUAAACUCUCCAAGAUUAAGACUCUGCGUCUGGCAACCUCCUACAUCGCCUACCUCAUGGAGGUUCUUCAUGCUGAAGAUUCCCACCCUGCACCUCCACCACCUCAACCCUUCCGCGCCGACCUGCCGCCCAGACCUAGGGCCAACCCUGCCGCCCACGACGACAAGCAAGUGACGCCGCCCAACCCGCCCCCCACCAGCCCCCCACCCGCCCCGAGUGCAAGCGUGGGGCGUACGGGUGGCGCAGGAGGUGUGGGGCAGGACUGA